UAGUAUCUCCAUGGUUGUUAUGAGCUAAUAUAUCACCUGCGCGCGAUAACAAUGAUCUAUAGCAUGUACCGUCGGCAUGUAACUGGAGUGAGGACGCGAAGCUCUACAUAAAAUGUCCCAUGAAAACACAAUUUGCUGAAACGCAACUAAACCUACACGACUGGACUGUGAAAUCUGCGUCAACUAAACAGGUCGAGGAAGCUGGAUAAAAACAAUAACAAAUCAAUACAAAACAGGAAUUAUUCUUGUCUACUGGUGAUAGCGAAAUCGAUUGCUUUUAUAUUUCGCCAAUUCCAUUGUGCCGCCCAUUUUAAUUCGAUUUCCAAGAGAUAGUUGUCAGUGGAAUAAGAAACAGUGUGCUUCCGAUUGUCGCUAACCCAGUUACCCUCUAAGUGAAAUUGGACUCGUCCAAGGGAGGCGGAUUGCCUCCACAAACAUCGCAGAGAGACGGGUUAUGCCUUCGGUAUGGGGAGGCGAGCUUUUGUGAUCUUGGUAUGCCUGGUGGUACUGAUUCGGUCACAAGACACGUACCACGAGGCCCUUCUGGAGUACUUUGAGGAGGCCGAACGCCUAGAGCAGGGGUCAGGAGGGGGACCAGGAUUUGAGGGGGACGCAGAGGAGGAGGCACCCCCUGGAAGGGUUAUUCGGUGCUUGAAGUGUGCGGGGCCCGAGGAGAGACCCGAUGCUUGUACACCCCAGGAGUUGCGCCAGAACAUCAAUGACUACACAGUGGAGUGUCGCGGGCACUGCAUGAACAUAACCGCAGGCUCGGUUGUAGCAUACGACUGCGCUAAUGACGGCCAUGGCAGGGCGGACAAGUGUAUUGAAAGAGUCGACACUAGAAUAUGCGUCUGCUCCAAGAAUCUGUGUAAUGCGCCGGAAGGGCUGAACGCGGAUGAAGAGGACUAUUUCGAAACCAAGACACUACCACCACCAUACAUAAAAGAAAUAGUUCCACAAAAAUCCCAUGAAAACUCCUGCUCUCAUGUAUUUGUUUCGUUUCAUCUUUUAGCAUCCUCAGCAUUGGUUACACUGUUCGCACAUUCUAUGUUUUUAUCUGCUCCUUGUAACGUAGUGGUCUGAGUGGUUAUUGAAUUGGUAGCAUGUUAACACACCAAGGGUAAUACCUUGUGUCCAAUGAAUGCUUUAGGAUGCUCACUAUUCAUAUCAACUGUUUCUGUAUGCUGAGACUGUAAUAGAAUAACAACAGUGUAUAUUCUCUUAUAUAUCAGCGGCCAUAAUGUUCAGUGGGUGUAAAUAUAGAAAUAAUCAUUGAAGGUCGGGAAAUAUUAGACUACGAAUCAAGCAUAUGAUGCUAUUUUCACAUAUUACAUAAAAACAGUAGGUAAAUAUACUCUCAUUUCCCAUGGAGUGAGUGAGUGUGGUUUUACGCCGCUUUCAGCAAUGUUAGAGUCAUAUCACAGCGGGAAAACCAUAAAAUAGGCUUCACUGUGUACCCAUGUGGGGAAUCGAACCCGGGUCUUCGGCGUGACGAGCGAACGCUUUAACCACAGGGUUACCCUACUGCCCAAGGAACCACUGAUUAGUAUUCCGUUUAAAAAAACCCACCUGCCUCCCAUCCCACCCAGUGAUAUUAGUCCAUAGACUUGAAUGAUGUUUCUCCCACGCAGUUUUUCUCAUUACGCAGAAAACGCAAUCCUUCUUCUUAGCAAUCAUGGCGACAAAUACAGGAAGGAUAACUCUUCUGUUUAAGACUAACAAUCGUAUAUUCAUAAUGAUAUGAAAACCGGACUUUAAACAUUAGUGAUCUCCCAGAAAUAAAAUCUUGCACACGGCUUGCUAUAAAAAAAACCCCGCACGAUGAUAUUUUUUUCUAUGUAUUUCAUGGCCUACAAUCCACUAUGACAGUCUUAGUGUUUUGUGAAAAAAACGAUGCAUGUCAUCGUCUCGAGAUUGCGUAUAUUGAGGCUCGUGAUAUAAUUAGUCAGACUCCAUUAUUUACAGACCGCCGUCAUACAGCUUGAAUAUUGUUGAGUGCGGCGUUAAACAACAAACCAAAGCAAAACUUGAAGUUCUGUAUUUACGAAACAUUGUAACGUACUGUAGACUAUAGUUUGUUUUUUGUUGUUUAACGCCGCACUCAGCAAUAUUCUAGCUAUAUAAUGGCGGUUUGUAAAUAAUCUUGGCCAGACAAUCCAGUGAUCCACGCAAUUGGAAUACGAUGACAUGCAUUAACCAAGUCAGCGAGUCUGACCACCCGAUCCCGUCAGUUGCCUGUGGGGCAAGCAUGGGUUGCUGAAGACCUAUUCUAACUCUAAUUGUAUGAUAAGAAUUACAAUUGUUAUCAUUCUUACAUUUUCAGCAUACGAGGAAACAGUAUAACAUGUUUGUAUAUAGCGCAUUUUCUACACGGUGCCAUGUGUUAGCCCUCAGACUAUAAGACGCUAGUGCUGGGUGCUUCAUUUAUAAGUUGCUAGUCAAGGAUAACGGCAGGUGCUUGCUCCAGUACUCGCGGUACAUGCGUACGCGUUCACCCAUCAUAUUAAACGUAGUUGGGCACAUUUCUUUUCGAUUUUAUGGUUUACGGGUCGUUACCAACCACUCAGCUUGGACAGCACGAAAAACACGGAUAAGGAUAAACAGUAAAUUUCUUAAAGGAAGGCAUCGAGCGACAGCCGAAGGCUAGAAGACGUAGAGUAACACGUGACUUAAAGUAACGGUGGAAUUCCCUGCACAUGAUACCACUGUUUUAACUUCCAGUUCGGACAUAUGCAACCCACACGCCAAAAAUGCCACGAUCGUGUGAACCUGAUUGGAACGAAUGCUCGAUAAGUACCUUUCAUUCUACGAUUCGUACGACCCAGAGCUUAUACUUUUCAUUUGAUCCCUUAACAGUUGGUAUCAGUUGCUCUGUCGGGUUUUCUCUCUCUUAUUUUUCGAAUGUUAGAACCAAAUAAUAAUAGGGAAUUAAUUUGAAUUAAUGAGAUAUAUUUGUUUCGUUAAAUCGGUCGACCCGUAAACCUUAAUUUUGAAAAGGUGUGGCCUUACAUGUGAGAUCCGUCCUUGUGACCUGUACUACUCACUGAACGAAGGUGUACUUGAACCGCACACAUACGUAAGACAUCAUGUUAACAGUAUUAGGUAAGGUCUACUAUCAACAAGCUAAACGACAUUGCUGGAAGUAAACAGGGAACAGGUUCAACGGGCAUACGAUGAAGGCAUCCUCUACAAACGUGUUCUGUCAACACAUCCGAGAAACACAUCAAGAGACUUUUAAGACAUGACACGUUUGUGGAUUACAACGUCUUUAUUGCCUGUUGCAAGUUUUAAGGGAUACUAGCCCCGUACCAUUCACCUGAUGAAGGGUAAAUUUGGCACUAGCUCUGAAACACUGUUACAAACAAUGAAGAAAUUGAUGUCCACAAAUUUGUCAAUUAUUAUAUUCUUAAGUGUGAAUGACUUGAGUUUUCCGAAGUUGAGAAAAGUGAUAUGUUUAUUGCAGUGAACAUAACUCUUGAUAUUUCACUACUGUGAAAAUAACACUUUGACGGAUCUAGUGUCAUGCAAGAGUCACCUCCCCUCAAAUUGUCUCCCCUUAUGGUGGGUGUCUAGCCCGUACACAAACUGUUGACUUCCUUUUUAAGUUAGUUCCAGAUUGACAAGGCAAAAUAAUGACAGAUGGCCAUUAAUGGAGUUAAUAUAGUUUCAUGCUGUUUGUUAUUCUCUUGAAAAUGUUUCGUUAUAAACUGUAAAUUUCUCAUUUAAUUCGUCAAUCCAGACGUUCGUUUCGCAAACGGUCAUUUUUGUUACUUGGCCAGCGUUUAUUCUUUCGCUUCAAACAGCGAUUUGGUAGUUUUCAAGUAUAUUCUUUUGUUAAAGUUGAUUUUGUAUAUAAUCAUAUCUAUAUUAUGAAUUUUCGUGCCCUUUAAUACGUUUUGUUACUUAAUAAGAUUUUGCAAACACGAAACUACUUUUUAGUCGCAAAUACAAGGGGUGGUGAACCGUCCCUGUGUGUCAGGUAGGGAGAAUUUACGUUUCAAGGUAUACAUUUUAAAUGAAAUAAUCAAAUUUCCGGUAGACUACUACACAAAAAGUAUACAAUGAAUAGGAUAUUCCAUGUCUGGUGAACCACGUUUCUCCCAUCUCAUGACCGGGGAAUAGGAGACAUUUUCCCUCUUGGCUACGCCACUGUGUAAAUAUCGCCUUUCCCCCCGUCCUCUCUGUCUUCAUGUUCAUUCAACAUCUACGUGUCUAUCUUAGUCUUAAUAAGAGGCCAGAUGAUUGUAUUUUAAAGGAAUUUCCGGAAUAUCGAGGUUUGGCUGUAUAUGAGUUUUAUUGUUUACUCUUCAGUCCGAGACAGGAAUAACGUUCAAGGAUACCUUCUUAAUCACAUGUAUAUUUGUCAUACCCUUGUCAAAAGAUUCAUUCCUGGCAUAAAUCAACAUUUCGUUUUAA